AUGAUGCCAGGAGAAGGGGAAACGAGCAGUUCGAGUAGAAGCUCAAUUGGGAGCAUUCCUCUGUCCAUUAGUGGCUCAUUUCACAGUCUUCUCUCUGCCGUAACAAUUGACGAUGAAUCGUCUGCGGGGGAAGGAAGUCUUGACAAUUUUUCUCCUCUCGCCAUGAACCGAGACUGGCGAUUUGGAAGCAAACCCAACUUGACUUCGAUGAAGUCAAGAGAUAGUCUGGGAAAGUUUGCUGCUAACAAUCUGAAAGAGAGAACGACGCCUUCGAGAAUGCCUUCAACUAUGGGACUUCCAAUGCCAACAAGAAAGGCUUCUUCCAAUCAGAUAAUGGGAUUGAAUAUGCCAACCAGGAAAGCUUCACUCUACAACAUGAAAUCCAAGGACAAUUUGCGCAAUGCAACCUUUGAAAACCUAAACUCGUCACCGGCUCUGAGCAACGCCAAGUUUGAUCUGAUCACUGGUGUUGAGCCUUCAUCCGCCGAAUCGAAGAAAUCCUUAUUCCCGCAAGUUCGCAAGCAGGCACCAGGAGUCAAGCUGUACUCAACGAGAACAACAGGUACAUCACCAUCGUCCACUUCAACUUGUAAUCCUGCAUUUGGUCUACCGAACGACAUCUUCGUGGUUCAUUCUUCUCCCGGCACCACCGUGUCAAAGCCAAGCAUAUCCCCAGAAACCAUGAAUGGCUUUCGGAGCAUAUUUCGACACUGUCGUGAGAAGAGCAUCGAUCACGGUGUUCCAUCCGUGCCUGAGCGAAAGAAAUCAAGCUGUCAAUUGUGA